CUUCUUCAUACUCUCGAAUCACACAUAAACACAUAACUACUAUAUCUACUAGAAAUCACUAUGGAAGCCGUCAAGCGUUUCUUCUCCUCUCCCCGGUUCGCCGUGGCCGGUGCCAGCAAUGAUGCCAACAAGUUUGGCUACAAACUGCUUGCCUGGUAUCACCAGCACUCGCUCCCCGUCACUCCCCUCAACCCCCGAUCUCCCCAGAUUUCUCUCCCCUCCAAGGACUACGCUACGGUCGCCUCACCGUCCGCCUUGCCGUCGCCCACGCAGACGUCGCUGUCGGUCGUGACGCCCCCCGCGGUGUCGCUGUCGGUGCUGCAGGAAGCGCAUUCGGUCGGAAUCCCCGCCGUCUGGUUGCAGCCGGGCACAUUUGAUGAUGCGGUGCUGCAGUUUGCGAGGAAGCACUUUGAGGCCGUGAUUGCCGGAGAUGGAGGCCGAGGAGGAGAAGGAUGGUGUGUUUUGGUGGAUGGAGAAGCUGGAUUGGAUGCUGCUGGGGUGCAAUGGGGUGCUCAGAAGCUGUAAUCUUUUCUUUGUUAGUGUUGAAGUACUAGUAUUUUUU